AUGAAAGAUGGCAAGUCUCUGGGUCUUUCAAUCGUUGGUGGCUGUGACCAUUCAAGUCAUCCUUUUGGCGUGGAUAGACCAGGCGUUUUCAUAAGCAAAAUUGCUGCGAACUCUCCUGCGGCAAGGGACAUCCGUAAGGCUCAUCACAUUGAAGCUGUUGAAGUAGGUUUUAUUGGAUUGCGUGAUUGCAAAGAUGGACAGUCACUUGGCAUAUCAAUACAUGGGGGCGUUGGUAAGCCUGCUGCAAAUCCAGCGGAUGAAAGGGACGAAGGAAUAUUCAUUGAAAAGGUGAGGGUAUUGACACGUUUUAAUUUACAAGCCUUAAUCUCUUUUUGGUUUAGUCACAAAGAACAUCUUAAAUCUAGGUAUUAG